UGAGCUGACCGAAGACAAAUGCAGCAUUGGUUCCCUGGAACUCGAGUUCAAGAUUUGUUCGGCAAUUAUCCAACUGCUGCGGAGCUCACCCCGCUAUCUCCCUUGACUGGCCAAUCAGAUAAGAUGAAAUCAGGAAGUUGUCUGAUGCAAGCCCGCCCUCCACCUCCAUUCGCCCGGCAGCAACGUUCAACAUUCAGACAUCGGCGUUCCCUACGCUACCAAGAAUCACGGUCACCUCACUGCAGCCUCUCCCAGCUCCCUGGGCAGGUCACUCCCAGCAACAGCCUUUGUCUCCGACCCAGCAGUCUGUUACGUACCCUUAUAAGAUACAAGGAAGAUGUGUGUAAUGAGGAAGACAUCAGUGGUACUGGUGGUGUUGAUGUUAUCUGUCAUCAACGAUGCUGAACAAGCCCGAAGAACAAGCCUAGUGUCCCCGUGCUCCAUCAGCCCGCUCGGCCUAACCUGCAACUACAGCAAUAAAGUUCAAGAGAAGGAGGUGAACCUGGAUGACUGGGGAAGUGGAGUUGAGACUGUGUUCUUCCAUAACGCACAGCAACUCACGCUGAAGGGAGCCGCCUGCAAGAAUCUCCGGCUCUACAAUAGCACCGUCAACUUCAUUAAUCACCAGAACGACUGCCCUCCCAGGAACGUCCUGCUUCAAUACUCUGACGUCAAUAGGAUUCCUGGGAGAAUCUUGGAACUUAGCAUUUUCCAUUCUAAGUUACAACAAUUGGACGCUCUCCGUGAUCUAAAUUACGCUUUCAUAACCAACACCAAAAUUGACGUGGCUGCCAUGGAGUUCGUCGGUGACGCAUAUAUCACAAUCGUCGACUCUGAAAUAGCGUCGAUGAAGAGUGUGGUGGUCGGGGCCGAGGCCUCCGUCACCCUCUCUGGUAGCAAUAUUGCCAUCCACGAUCAAGAAAAAAUAGAAGUUGAGGCUCAGGGAGAGUUGACGCUGGAAAGAACUAUUCUAAUUACUGACAACCCACAAGCUAUCACUGUACUGCCAGGUGGAAAGCUCAUCGUAAUAUCACCUCCGAGCAAGCUAAAUUUAUUUGAUUUUAGCAAGAUUGAAAAGCCAUUGAAUGAUAGACCAGCUCAAACGAAUCCAAAACAGGAUAUCAUUCGUAAUAAAGCUGACUUGCUUAGUUUAUUUACGGAUCCUGCACCAUCCUUUGCUCCAGUAUCUAUUAAAUGUACCAUUUGUGUGUUAAUACUUUGCUGUAUCACUACUGUGGGGGCCUUACUGUGACUACCUUCACGUGGUGCCCCUGUUGCUACAGAAGUCACAGAUUUCACCGUCAUUGAAUUUAGAUCUGAAAAAUUGCGACUGCGACCUUCAUCUCGUUCUCAACUGUUAAAAUUAAUUGGCGUAUAAGUAGAGAAAAAAAUAUUUUGACAAAAAAAGAUAAACAAAAUAAAUUAUAUUAAAUAAAAGACAAAUUUAAGAUCGGGGUAACCGUUUCGUUAAAUUAAUAAAUGUGUAUACCCCGAAUUUCACUCUAAAUAUAAACACAGUUGUUCAUUCAGUUCAUAUGAAAAACAAAUUCACGUUUCUCUUUUGAAUCAGUGUGUUGUGAAGGCAAGGAGAGGCUUGCGAUAGCCUCGCCAGUUGGCAUUAAGAUUAACUACCACUGGCGAGGCAUUCCCUUCUCUUCCAGAUUAUCUUGAGCGCAGAAUGAUGCCAACGAAGGUUGUAUCCUGGUGACUGUGUCGUGUCUCUGCAGCAGAUGAUGAACUGGCGAUUUUAUAGCAGAAAUUUUCACUCGAGAGGUCAGUGUCGUGUUAUUCACGGGAGGUCAAGGGACUUCUUUCACACUCACAACUGGCCACAAACAGUGGAAGUGGACGUUUUCCCUGGCACAGUAGAUAUAUAUCUGUAAGCAUGGUAGACAUAUCUUUGGGUACAGUAAGCGGAUAUUUAAGGAAAGUAUACAUAGAUAUAGGUACAAUAAUCAUACAUUUAAACAGAGUAGGCCUACCUUGAGAUGCUAAGCUUUUAUUUAAACAGUAUACUUAUCUUUAGACACGGUAAGCUUAUUUUUAGACACUAAGCUUAUUUUUAGACACGAUAUGCAUAUCUUUAGAUAUGAUAAGCUUAGCUUUAAAUACUUAUCCCGUAUUUAGUUACAGAAAGCCUAUCUUUAGGUACAAUAAACUUACCUUUAGGCACAGUGUCACGAUCUCCACCACUAAACAUAUCAUCUAUUCUUCUCAAUAUGUCACAAAUGAAUGUUAAAACAAUGAAAUAAUUUUCCAUCUUGAUGAAUGAUAAUAGAGGAAGAAUGUUAUGAUAACACGAGACGUGUGGGUGUGAUUAUCUCUUGUAAUAUUCCUUGGAGACUUUGUUUUUUCCCAUUGAGGCUUGUUGCUCUAGAUAUGACCCGGAUAUGACAUCAUGUCUUCCUAAAGAUCACACAACACCAUUUAUUGUCACAUAUUAUUCUUGGAAAUUAAAUCAAUAAUAUUAAUAUUUAUUUUGUAUUACACAAACAGUCUCUCUGGGCAUUUUGCCUGUUGUUAUUAUUAUUAUUAUAGUUAUUGAUUUCCAGCUUCCUUGUGUUUUAUAAUUAUUUUAUUUAAGUUUGAGGUAUGUUAGCCUCUUCUAACUUGGUCCUGGUGAGUUAGCCUCUACGACUUCCUCUAAGUUGAUGCUGGUAAGUUAGCUUUUACUGCCUCGUCUAACUUGGUUCUGGUGAGUUAGCCUCUACUAUCUCCUCUGACUUAGUCCUAGUGAGUUAGUCUCUGCUUCCUACUCUAGUUUGAUCCAGGUAUGUUAGCGUCUAACUUGGUCCAUCUGAGUUAGCAUUUAACUUGACCCAUGUGUUUGGUCUUAGCUUGGCCCAUGUGAGUUAGCCUUUAAUUUGGCCCAAGUGAGUUUGCCACUAACUUGGUCCAUGUGAAUUAACCUUUCUAUUGGCCCAUGUAAAUUAAUCUCUCUAUUGGCCCAGGUGAAUUAGCUUUUAACUUGGCCCAAGUGAGUUAGCCUCUAACUUGGCCCAGUUGAGGUAGCCUCAAACUUGGCCCCAUGUGACUUAACCUUUAACUUGGCCCAGGUGAGUAAGCGUCUAACUUCGCUCAUGUGAAUUAGUUGCUAACUUGGCCCAUGUAAAUAAGCCUCUAACUUGACCUGUGUGAAUUAGCCUCUAAUUUGGCUUAUGUGAGUCAGCCUCUAACUUGGUGUUAUGUCCGAGGAUGUAGCCUUGUCAUAAUUAUAUUCUAAAUAUAUUUUCAGUUACAAGCCCAGGCCUAUUUUCAAUGUCAAAUUACAUACAAGGGUCUGCCUUACUUUCAUUUGUGCAGUAUAUUAAUUUAUUUGAUGUUUCUUUAGGCAUGUUUCAGUUAGUGUACAUAGGCUAGUUAUGGGAAUUUGUAUUGGAGCAUAGAAAUACAAUGAUCUGCAAGCAUAACGAGUCACAGUUGAAUUGCUGCAUAAUUUGGAUGUUACUUUUGUAGUAGUCAAGUAUUAUGUUCUUCAAGUAAUGAAUAUUUUGAUUUGCAUAUUUUGGUAAUGGCAUUCCGUGUAUUUUGCAUAUUAAUUAUUAUUGACUCUUGCGCAACCAACAGACCCAUUUAAUAUAUUUAGAAUAAUAAAUAUUUGCUGUAGCUCAGACUCUUAAAGGGUAAAUAAUGGGUAUUGUUUCAGCCAGUCGGCAGUCAGCUGACGCAGCUCUGUCACGUUUAAUAAACCUCCCAGAUUAAUGUGUGUAGUUCAGGCAGUCUGUAUUAGUAUUUCAGGUACCAAAGUGCGUAUAGAAGUGGAUAUGAAUUUAAUCAAGUCAGAAUAAUACUUGUGUAUUAUUCACUUCUUUGUGAUAUACAUUUUAAAUGUAUAAGUGAUAGGAGAAAAGGUUUUAUAAGUCAAUCUGUCAGGCCAUCAGACAGUUUGGGGGGAUAUUGAUCUAGCCGGCUCUGGCCUGAUAUUUUUUAGUGAAGUUGUCGAUUUUGCUUGUUAGGCAGUGUUUAAUAUGCCAGGCAGUGACGCCUGUUUAUAGUGAACAGGUCAUGAUAAGAGAAGUUAUUAAUCCUGGCUUGUAAGUAGUUUAGUGAAAUAGUUCAGGGAGUUUGUAUUUAAAGGGAGGCUGGUUGCCAGAGAGUAUUCACCUGUAAAUUGUGUUAGUAAUAAUCAGUGCUGGAUAUUGAAUUCAUUAAAUCAUUCAUAUUUA